AUGGCGAACCAAGAAGAGGUCUUGAACUUGUCUGCAGACAUGAGCAAUAAAUUGGCGACGUUCUCAGCAGAGCACCAACCUUUAUCGACGCCACUUCCGCGAAGACCGCCAGUAGAGCCCAACCGGCCCAUUCAGAGUUCCACGGCUGAGCCCAAGCUAGACAUUGGGUUCGUGAGUGAUUUGAAUGCGAAGAAAAACACCUUGUAUCAGUGGCCAGAGAUUACCGAACCUGGAGUAUUGAAGAGUUAUCCAGCAGCCGAUACUACUUCCAAAGCAUGGCUGGAUCUGGCGAGUUACGCUAGGGAAGUCCUUGCGGCCCAAGAUAGCCGUCACUUUUCCCUGGGUUUUACAAUAUGUGGAUCCUUUAUGCGAAUAUCGGCGUUUGACCGUCUCGGGGGUGUCGUAUCAGAACGCUUUGACAUAAACAAGGGCGGGCUUCUAUUUGUGUCCAACGUUCAGGGGUCUGUGGAUGAGCGAGGAGUAAUGUGGAUUCGACCCUAUCAUAACCACGAAGGAUAG